GUGCGUCGCCGCCGCCACGCCAUCCAUACAUCGGUACCGGUAGUAUUAAUCAUGAGUUCGGUGUCUGUGGUGUUAACAGUGCUCUUCCUGUCCACUACCUGGUCUCUACGAACGGAUCAGCAGUUCUGGAAAGAUCUGGCCAAGAAAGAGUUAGAAGAAGCAAAACAAAUCAAAUGGAAUGUAGGCACAGCGAAGAACGUCAUAUUGUUUGUUGGCGAUGGUAUGGGACCGAAUACUGUGACUGCUACCAGAAUUUACAAGGGGGGAGAAAGCUACAGAUUGGCAUUUGAGAAGUUCCCACACAUGGGAUUAUUGAAGACAUACUCGGCGAACAAAAUGGUGCCGGAUUCCGCUUGCAGCGCUACAGCGCUUUUUAGUGGUGUGAAGACUAACAAGGAUACAAUUGGAGUGGACGCCAGCGUCAAACGGGGAGACUGCGCCGCGUCUCUGCUGCCUGAAGCCAGACUCGAGUCACUGGCUUCUCAAGCGCUCAAAGCUGGGAAAAGUUCCGGUUUCGUUACUACCAUGAGGGUGACUCACGCCACACCGGGUCCGCUGUAUGCUCACAGCGCGGACCGGAAUUGGGAAUGUGACGCUAAAAUGCCCACUGGCACUGAACAGUGUAAAGACAUCGCCCGCCAAUUGAUUGAAGAUGAACCAGGCAAAAAUCUUAACGUGAUCCUAGGAGGCGGUAGAAACAGCCUCAUGCCCAGUCUAUCCUCCAACCCGUGGGUCUGCUCAAGGAACGACAGUCGGAACCUGAUAGAAGACUACAAGAGGGACAAGAGUAGCCGCGGUCUCAGAUACGCUGUCGUUUCGAACAAAACGGAGUUGGGCAGCAUCGACCCUGAUAAUGACUACCUCUUGGGAAUAUUUGCUGCUAGCCAUCUCAGCUACGAGUAUCAGAGGAACCAAACUGACAUGCCAUCAUUGUCCGACAUGGUGGAAUCAGCAAUAAAAGUCUUGCGGAAGAACGAAAAAGGUUUCUUUCUUAUGGUAGAAGGCGGCAACAUAGACAUGGCACACCACCGGGGCUGGGCAAAGGUAGCCAUUGAUGAAGCAGCAGCCAUGGAAGACGCAGUCAAGGUGGCCAUGGCAAUGACUAGCGAGGAAGACACACUUCUUAUUGUAACCAGCGACCAUACGCACACUCUCUCCAUUAACGGGUACCCAGACAGAGGAUCCAAUGUUUUUGGGAUAGCUGAAUCUUCUCCCUACGAUGGAAUAAACUACACCACGUUAUCGUACAGCACCGGGGGACCAAACUCGUUCCAAUAUUACGUGGCCAAAGACGAGAACAAUGAGACAACUGUCCGAAGACGCGACCCCAGCCUGAACGAUACCACCGAUAUGCUGUACAACCAGGUGGCCGGCAUCAGACUCGUUGAAAAUUCGCAUGGCGGCGGAGAUGUCGCCAUUUACGCUAGGGGACCGCAUGCCCAUUUAUUUCACAACGUGCACGAGCAACACUACGUGUAUCACGCAGUUAUGUACGCGAUGGCUUACUCCAGCGGCUGCAAUUUGUUCCCCAGUUUCACGUUGCUAACUAUUGUUAUUCUUAUUAAUACUUUAUAAAUGUAACAACAGAUACCAGCUUUUACUUUCAUUUCCACAGAAAGUCCACAUACUUAUAAACCCACUUACGAUUAAUAAAAUACACCAACAACGGCCUUAUUCAGAGAUGAUAAUAUCUUUUUAAAGUUA